AUGAGCAAGGCGAGCGCGCUGCGCGAGGACCAACGCGCGCUGCUCAAGCAGUACGCGGAACAGACCGCCGACCCGUCUACCCUGGCCCAAUGGCCCGCUCUGCGCGAGGCGAUCCAGGCGCAGAUCGCGCUGAACGCGCGUGCGUUUGCGGUGGCGCCUCCCCCGACGCUGCACCGUGCAGCGCCGCUUGCCGAGCUGCUUCGUGAAGAGGCACAGUCGGAAGAGGCGCCGUCGCAGGCCGCGCGCGAGCUGCUGCUCGAGGAGCACGAUAUCAGUGCGAGCGAUACGCAGGACUUUUACCCGGCCCGCACGGCGCCGCCGAACGGGACGUGGGACGUGCCGCUGGACGGCGACGCGCUCGAGAAGGAGGAGCAGGUCGUCUUUCGCAUGCUCGACGAAUUUGACGCGGCGCCGCCGAGCACGAUGCAGCGCCUCGCGGAGCUCGUGCUGAAGCCGAAGCAGCACUACCGCACGCGCGCCAAGUACCUCGCUGCGCUCGAGCGCGUGCUGGCCGUGUCCUCCUCGCUGAACUCGUACGAAGGCGAGGAGGAGGAAGAGGAGAGUGCCUUUCCUUUCCGCGGCGCCGCCGAGGCCGAGGCCGAGCCGAUCUUUUCUCCGAUCCCUUUUCUGCACCAAGGCAACGAAAACACCGAGGCGGCGCAGCGCGCCGAGACCGCAGCGCAGCGCCCGGUGCCGGCGGACGACCAGGCGGUGUACCGCGUGCCGGACGGGCGCGUCGACGAGCUCGACACGGCCGAUGCGCAGGAGUCGCACGGCGGCGUCGCCGACGAGGUGCAGCCGAUGAGUGCCGCGACGUCCCUUCCGGAAGAGAAAGAAUCGUUGGCCAAGCGCCAGCGCAGCAGCGAUGUAUAG